AUGGCGUGUGGGCUGUGCUAAACCACACAAACUCACUCAUUGAUCCCUCCCUGACUACUCAUUGAUCCCUCCCACACCCAACCAGCAAACACAAUCAGCUAGCUAGUUCAUUCACAUAUGGAUCUGAUACUGUCAUGCCCAUUCCAUCUUUUCAUGCACCUUGUUCUCUUCUUCAGUCUAAGUUCUGGCUUUCCGCGUGUUGCUGCUCACUCUCCGCAUUCCGGUAAUGAGACCGAUAAGCUAGCCUUGCUAGCAUUCAAGGCUGCAAUAACUUGCAAUCCGUCUGGCGCUCUAACCACGUGGAAUGCAUCUAUCUGCUUCUGUCAGUGGGUUGGUGUAACAUGUGGCCGCCAACACCAGAGAGUCAUUGCAUUAAACCUGCACGAUCAAAAAUUGACAGGGCCUAUUUCGCCUCACAUCGGAAAUCUAAGUUUUCUCAGGGAACUACAGUUGUCUAACAACAGCUUGAGUCAUAAAAUCCCCCCAGAGCUCAGCCGUUUGCGGAGACUGCAGAUGUUGUCACUGCAUAAUAAUUCAAUUACUGGUGAAAUUCCCACUAAUAUAUCUGCUUGCCUUAACCUCGUCACCCUUGACCUUUCUUUCAAUAAGCUGGCCGGGAAAAUUCAUAUGGAGCUUGGUUCCUUAUCUAAGCUUGAGAUAAUCUCAUUUCGGAGGAACAAUCUAGUAGGAGAAGUCCCAUCUACUUUUGGGAAUCUUUCUUCUCUUCAAAAGUUUAUUGCACCAGAAAAUGGUAUUAGCGGGAACAUUCCUGAUGCGCUGGGUCGACUGACAAACUUGCAAGUUCUGGGAUUGGGAGGGAACAGGUUGGUUGGCACCAUACCUUCCUCAAUAUUUAAUCUCUCUUCUAUGGUAGUUCUUAAUGUGGCCCUCAACCAACUUCGAGGGAGGCUUCCAUCAGACCUAGGCGUUACUUCUACUAAUCUCCAAUUCCUCAGCUUCACUGAAAAUUUUUUUACUGGGUACAUUCCAAUUUCCAUAUCUAAUGCCUCCAAACUAAAACAACUCGCCAUCGAAAGCAAUAAAUUUACGGGAAAGGUGCCUCCUUUGGAAAAGUUACAUGAUCUUCAAUGGUUAUGUUUUGCUGAUAAUAAGCUCGGAACUGGGGAAGUUGAUGACUUGAGCUUUCUCUCCUCUUUAACGAACGCCACCAAUUUGCUCUAUGUGGGUUUGAGAAAUAACAGUUUCGGAGGGAAGUUGCCUGAAUCAGUCAGCAAUUUCUCCAUGAAUCUCAGUUUAUUAUUGUUGGACAACAAUAAAAUAUUUGGGAGCAUCCCAACUGGGAUUGGAAAUCUAGUCAACUUGCAGCAGAUUGAACUGGGGGAGAACCAAUUCACAGGUAAUAUUCCUACUGAUAUUGGGAAGCUUCAAGAAUUGCAAAUUUUUAGACUCUCAAAUAAUAAAUUCUCCGGAAACAUUCCUUCUUCUUUGGGAAAUUUAUCCUUGUUAUCGAAACUUGGUUUAAGUGGAAAUAAUUUUUAUGGGAGAAUCCCUUCAAGUCUAGGAAAAUGCCAAAUUUUGGAAGAACUAAAUCUCGAGCGGAAUAAUUUCAGUGGUUCUAUAACAAGAGAAGUUAUGAGUAUCUCGUCAAUAUUGCAUCUUAACCUAUCUCAAAACCAUUUGACUGGUUUCCUUCCGGGAGAAAUUGGAAACUUAAAAAAUCUGGAAGUACUAGAUGUUUCUGACAACAUGUUGUCGGGUGAAAUUCCAAGCACGAUUGGAACCUGUGUAAAAUUAAGAUUCCUAUAUAUGAAGGACAACAACUUCCAAGGGAUCCUUCCUUUAUCUUUAAGUUAUUUGAGAGGUAUGGAGGAAAUAGAUCUUUCUGUCAAUAAUUUCUCGGGAAAAGUCCCAGAAUAUUUGGAGAGCUUUUCCUUCUUACAGAAAUUAAAUUUGUCAUUAAAUGAUUUUGAAGGUGCAAUACCAGAAAGUGGCAUCUUUACCAAUGCAACUGCAGUUUUUGUUAAGGGUAACCCCAAGCUUUGUGGGGGUAUACCUGAGUUACAACUGCACAGUUGCAAUUCCAAAGGAUCUACUCUUACCUUGAAAUUAAUAAUCCCCACAAUUUUUGGGCUUUUAGGACUAAUUUUAAUGUUGUGUUUCCUAUAUCUCUGUUGGUUUCAAAAGAGAACAAAAAUGCCCUCUUCUAAAUUUCUAGGAAACACGUUUCUGAAAUUGUCCUACGAAAGUCUAGUCAAAGCUACUGAUGGGUUCUCUCCAAACAAUUUGAUCGGUGUGGGUAGUUUUGGUUCUGUGUAUAAAGCAAUUCUUGAUCAAGGUGGAAAUGCAGUUGCAGUGAAGGUGCUACACCUUCAAUUCCAUGGCGCCUCCAAGAGUUUCAUUGCUGAGUGUGAGACCAUGAAGUGCAUCAAACAUCGAAAUCUCGUCAAGCUUCUGACAACAUGUUCAAGCAUUGAUCAUCAUGGUAAUGAUUUCAAAGCUCUGAUUUAUGAGUUCAUGGUCAAUGGGAGCCUAGAAAAGUGGUUGCAUCCAAUUAAGAAUGAAGAUGAGGCACAUGAAGAUUCAAGAACAUUAAACCUUCUACAGAGAUUAAAUAUUGCCAUUGAUGUUGCUUCUGCACUUUGUUAUCUUCACCAUCAUUGCCUUGAACCAAUUGUUCAUUGUGAUUUGAAGCCGAGCAAUGUUCUUUUGGACAAAGAAAUGAUUGGACAUGUAGGUGAUUUUGGGUUAGCAAGAUUCCUUCCAGAAGCCACCUAUCAUUCAUUUGCCAAUCAAUCAAGUUCCAUUGGCAUAAUAGGGUCUGUUGGUUAUGCUGCUCCAGAGUACGGCAUGGGAAAUGAGGUGUCAACAUCUGGUGAUGUGUAUAGUUAUGGCAUCCUCUUAUUAGAAAUAUUUACGGGGAAGAAGCCUACUGACGACAUGUUUAAUGGUAGUUUAUGUCUCCAUAACUUUGCUAAGAUGGUCUUUUCCGAACAAAUUGUGAGUGUUGUUGAUCCAACACUAAUUCAACAAAUAGAAACGAGGGAUGCAAACUUGAACAUCAACAACGCUCAUAAUCAGAGGUCUGAUAGCAGUCACAAAAUUCAAGAGUGCGUCGUUUCAAUACUCAAGGUUGGAAUCGCCUGCUCACGAGAACUUCCAAGAGAUCGACCCACUAUUAAUGAUGUUGUUGCUCAGUUGCAUGUAAUCAAGGACACUCUUCUUGGAACUGGUGGAGUACAUGGAGGCAUAAAGCUAGAACUACCGUGCCAUAAUGAAUAGGAAUUCAUGGACGGGUACACCUAUUCCACAUGAAAUUUGCAUGCAGUAAAGCUCAAAAAAUGAUACUGCAGGUGGGUAUGUAGUGUUUCUUUUCUUGUUCUCUAUUUUCAUUUUUGAUCUUAUAAAGCAAUUUGGUUUUACAAUUAGAAUAACAUUUGUAUAUAUCUUAUGCAAUAAGAUAACCCCCAAGCACUUGAUUUUCAAGCCGUUGCAGCUUAGUAUUUUUUGUCUUCUUUUAAUUGUUUGUCAUAUCUCAUCUAGGGCUGCAAACGAACUGAAUCAAGCUGAGCUUUGCUAAGUUUGAGUUUGGCUCGUUUACUUAUCGAGCUCGUUUAUUGAGCUCGAGCUCGGCUCAAUAAAAAACUAUGCUCGAGCUCGGCUCGGCUC